UUGUGAAGAUUUGUACCAAUUAUUUGCAUCGCGAGCACACCUACUACGUAUGAAACACAGCAAAUAGUCAGCUGAUCAAUUUUAAUAGGCAUGUAAACAAUUUACAAAUCUUUCACGGAAGUCGUUUUAUACUAAUUUUAAGAAAACAUGCCAAUCACUGAUCGUGAGAAACUUGGUAUUGUUGAUUUUUUGGUAAAGGAAGAGCAAAAUGUACCGGUAUUAUUACAAGUGGCCAGAAGUGUGACAAAGAACAUUUGCGAUGUGGCGACAACGCAUGAAGCACUGGACUACGUGUAUGUACAGAUUGGCGAUACACUAACUUUGUUAAAUAAGCGGCUUAUAACUCGGGAAAUGAUAUUUAAAUACUUACAUCAGCGGAAAAUUCAAGUGAAUGCAGAUUUUACCAAGGGCGCUUUAAUUAGCAAAAUUUUAGAAUAUUGGAAUUCCAAAUCCGAGUCUAACAAUGACUUCGCAUUACUUAAUGACAAUUAUACCACCACUAGCAAACAAUUUUUACAUAAAGUAAAUGAAAAUACUUUCAAUACAGCCAUCAGCGAUAGUAUAUCUGGCUCAAACGAAGCGAAUGACAAUGAACCUCGGUAUCCCAUCCAUUUAUUGGCACGAAAAUUUACUGAAUGGUUUUUCAACAAUCUUAAUAAAGAAGGCUUAAAAGUUGAGGAUUUUUGGUCAGAUUCUCAACUGCAAUUGAGAAUCGCUGCCACAGAUCAAAUCAAUGAUUAUGAGUGUGCCGGUGCAAAUGAAGUGAUAGUGAAUAUUUUACGAUCGAAAGAGCAAUUUGGCUUCUAUUUCAAUCCGAACCUCACUCAUGCUGGCGUUCAAGGACGAAUGAAUGUGCACGGGCUAGUGUUGGUAUUGGCAUGUGGUACCCUUCAUACGGAGCAGAAUUGCGUUGGCGUAUUUGAGUGUACAUUUGGCCUCCUACGAGACCCGUUUGCCGAAAACAACUGGAAGGUGAAAACAAUGCAAUGUGUAUUACGUAGUCAGGCAGCAGCAAUGAUGCCCAGUUUGUGUGACAGUGAAACUCUUGUAGAAGCACUUGGCUUACCGAUACCGGAAGGAGAAAUUACGUAGCCGUAGCAGAUAUACCAAAUGUCCAUGCUGAGUAAUAUGGGCAUUAUUUUAUUUGUUCUUAGUACCAUAUUAAAAAAUUAUUAUUAUUUCUUCUUCAAGUUGUAUUUAUUUAAUUUUCAAAAAGAUUAUAUUGAUGAUAAGCUAACGGGAAAAUAUGUAGAGUUGGCGACGGAAAAAAAGUGGUCAAUAUAUAAUGAAGUUUUGACAAAACUGCCUCUAUCUAUUUGACUAGAAAUAGCAGCCGGUUUUACGUUACCGGAAUGACUCGGGUUAUCCCGACCAAGGGUUGUCUCCCCAGUAAACUAGCUCUGUUUAGUAUACGUACCAGAAUUUUUAUUUUAAGAGUAAUACAGGAUUUCUAAUAGAUGCAUGACCGCCAUAACUAUUUGCUCUAGCAAACUACAUUGUAUGGGAUUAACAUAUUUGUUAUACGCAACAUAUUCAAUAAAAUGCAUGGUUACCACCAUUAGCUAUAAAGGCUUCACAUCUUCGAGUCAUACAUUUUGUUAAUUUCUGCACCAGUUGUGGAGGUAAUCGGUUCCACAUUUGCCUUGCUAACCCUUUGACCAUCC